GAGAGAGAGAGAGAGAGAGAGUGAGUGAGGGAGGGAGAGACAAACUAAGUUUCUCUUGUCGUGAAUUUACCGUUUGCCGCCACGUUCCACAGCAGCGCCAGUUUAAAACUCCGUCCCACGACAAGCCGGCCAGUUCACCUCUGAAUGUUUCACUAACAAGGAGUCUGAAUUCACAACUACCAAAGAAAAAAAGAAGAAAGAAGUCGCUGAAGUGUCAGUGGCUGCCGGGAGCGCCAGUGAAAGAGACAGAGAAACAGGAGCGCAGAGAAGGGAAAGCCCCCUGCAUCAUGUUUUAAGUCGACACGGCGCCAUGGCUCUACUAGCGCAUCCAAGCCUCCUUUGCUGUCAAAUGAUGCUAUCAAGAAGUCAGGACCUGCUUCUUUUAUUGUUUGGCAGUUCCCUAUUAAUUCCACAUUGACCUGGCCUAGUGCAUUCAGUUGAGUCAAACACGCGUGUGUGUGUACAUGCAAAGUUAGAAAAGCAUGUUUUCCAACGUAUCCUGUGACAAUAUCACUGAUGUGACGGUGGAGGGCAAGCCGGUGACCAGCACCUUCAUGUUUGUGGCUGCUGUGGUGGGAAACAUCCUCGCUCUCUUCAUCCUCGGAGUGCAUCAGAAGGAGCAGCGCACCAAGACCUCUGUCUUCUGCAUCCUGGUGACCGGCCUGGCCCUCACCGACCUGCUGGGCACCUGCCUCCUCAGCCCACCUGUGUUCGUCUGCUAUGCCCGCAAACUGUCUCUGAUAGGUCUGACUGGCAACCACCAGCUCUGCAACCUCUUCGCCUUCGCAAUGACUUUCUUCGGCCUGGCGCCCACCCUCAUCCUUUGCACCAUGGCUGUGGAGCGCUGCCUCGCCAUCAGCCAUCCCUAUGUGUAUUCAAAAUAUAUCCGCCGCAGCUUUGCCAAGGUCGCCCUUCUCUUUAUUUACCUGUUUUCCUGUGCUUUUUGCCUGCUGCCGUUCCUGGGCUUUGGCCGCCACAGACAGUACUGUCCUGGGACCUGGUGCUUCAUUGACAUGGAUGUAGAAGAGGGUAAGGAUGAGAAGUGGGUGCUGGCCUUCUCUCUGUCCUAUUCCUCUCUCAUGGCACUGCUGAUCAUAGCAGUGUUUGUGUGCAACGGUUCGGUCAUCGUCAGCCUCUGCAAGAUGCACCGGAGCCACAUGAUGCGUCGCGGCUCAGUCGGGUCCAACGGGCGGAAGAGGAAGAUGAGCCUAGCGUGGUUCGGCCAGGGGGAGGAGGAGGUGGACCACCUGAUGCUGCUGGCACUCAUGACUAUCAUCUUUGUUGUUUGCUCCCUGCCGCUCACAAUUGCAGGUUUCAUCAAUGCUGUCAACCCAUUUUUGGAUGACAACGAGAACCUGACAGCUUUUCGUUUCUACGCCCUCAAUCCUAUUGUGGAUCCCUGGGUCUUCAUCAUCUGCCGCAAAUCUGUUUUCCGCCACCUUCGCUCUCUGUUGACCUGCCGCUUUACUCGGGGUGCCGUGAAGAGAACAGCCCACUGCGCCCUCUCUUUACCCUCUGACAACCACAUACAGCACAACCCCGCAAACAUCACCGGUCCACAGCCCAACUACUCCAGCUUGCCCCUGUGACACACAGGAAACCCUGGUCAGCACAGGGCAAAGGACUGGAGCCUCAUGAGGACGAGUAAAGGAGAUUCUAGAUGUUAAAACAUCGGACUAAAUUGAUGAAAUGAUAAGAAUUGGGUCUGGAACACCGGAGGAUGUGUGUGAGUGUGAUACAACUGUAGACAUUUGCUCACAAAUGGUCACAUUACACAGUCAAGUGUAUGAGCUACCUAGAAAAGUCUAUAAUGUAUUAGAUACCACAUGGGACGGUGACCAUACUUAAUGAAACCAUGACUGACAGGACUCUUGCACUGAAAUAAAUCACCAACGAAAGACCAGGCACAAGGACUUGCACAAAGUGACAAUGGAAAUAUUCUUUCUGUGGGUGUUAGUUUCUCCCUGAAUAAACUUGAGGGAGUUAUUGCACUAGGUCCUGUAUUUCCACUGAUUGAUGGAAAUUAUUUCAAACCUGCAGUGAGAAAUGUGCCAUAAAACAAAAAGCACUGUAACUUAUCAGAUCAUUGAUAUUAUAUCAACAUUACAGCAAUUUAUGUACUAACUCGGGUAUGUGCACUCGAGCAAAGCUAUAUGGGUAAACAAUAUGCAUGAAUGUAAACCGUCUUGUCUUUUUCUGUCAGUCAUCUCUGCCCUUGAGAAACAGGUUGUUCUCAUCCAUAGCGUGUCCACCUUAAGAGGUGCAUCUGUGAGAGAGUCAGGAGGAUGGCCUGCUUGAAUAUUUCCAAAGCUGUCAUCACCUGGUCAGUGAGCUGUUAAUCCAAAGAAGUCCCCUGACCAGAGCUGUAACAUAUCUAUCAUCUGUGAUGUGUGUGUGUGUGUGUGUGUGUGUGUGUGUGUGUGUGUGUGUGUGUGUGUGUGUGUGUGUGUGUGCAAUCCAAAAGAGUGAGGUUAAGUGUCAUUAAUGCUUUGGUGACUCACAUUUGGUCCCUGAGCUAAAUCACUCCAUUAUCAUAAUGCUGCCACCAUGCAAAGAGUGAGAGUCGUGUAUUUGUAAUAAAGGUAUGUCACUGUAUAGCAUGGGCCUUUGAUGCCAUCCCUCUUUCUCAUUCUUUUUGAUCUCUAAAAAAAGCUACCUAUGACUUUCUGUGAAUGUAUGGUAACACUUCAUGUGAAUACUCCAAUGUUGAUAUUCAAAAAUAAAAACAGAUGCCUCUAUAGACUUAAAACCGGACCUCAGCCUAAUCCUAACCUAACCUAUUCCUUGCAUUAAACCCAGUCACACAGUUAGCUCUUGCCCACACACUGAAUAUCUGUUUUCACAUAACAAUGAGCAUAACUUGAAACUCAUUAGUCUCUUUAGCAGCACAUUAUAGCUACUUGAUAGGGAGCUGAGUAUCAACAAUGGACUACUUAAAUAAAGUGUGACCUGAUGUUCCUUUGAGAGCUUAGUGCUCCUAUGUUUGUGUGAUCUUGCUUUUGAAAAGGUCUGCUGCAAAAUGCACUGUGGGAUUUUUUUUUUUUUUUUUCUGGGACUAUGAUAGCAACUGUAUUAAAAUGUGGUAUCUUUGUGCCCCUUAAUUGUGCCCUAAUGUUGUGUAUACUGAAAAUUGUUAGUGUUUGAUUGUUCUGGUGGAGUGUAGAGAUAUAGGACUUUAGCUAUUGUGAUAGUGAGCCCAGUGCUGUUGUGUUGCACAUUCACUUAAUUGUCUCAGACUCUGAUGCCUAGCCUGCAUGACCUUCGUUAUUGUAAGUCACA